AUGUACUUUAGGGAAAUUCGAGAGCUCGCUACAUUGUGUUUUGGAUUAGGUUAUAUAUCGGCAGCGGAAUUUGCUGUUUUACUUGAUGAAUAUGAAUCUUGCAAUCCAGAUUUUCCAUAUGACGAGUAUAUGCCUUUUAACCUGGAUGAUAUGGACGAGAGUGAAUGCUUAGCAGAGUUUCGAUUUGAGAAGCAGCAUAUUCCACUUCUCGCUGAAGCAUUGAGAAUCCCAGCUUACUUCAUUACGAGCAAAGAAGCCGAGUGAGAGGCAUAGAAGGGUUGUGUAUGUUGCUAAAGAGAGUGGCAUAUCCAUGCCGUUACAAUGACAUGAUCCCUCGAUUUGCUCGUCCAGUCCCAGUGUUGAGUAUGGUCACAAACAAAGUCAUAAAUCACCUUUACGAAACUCAUGGCCAUCGACUCACACAAUGGAAUCAUACCAUUCUCCACCCUCAAGCACUUGAGCAGUAUGCUGAAGCAAUUCAUAAUAAAGGCGCUCCAUUACAAAACUGCUUUGGUUUCAUAGAUGGAACUGUCAGCCGGACCGAUUUCUCGCCCAAGAGAGAAUCAGCGUGUAGUUUAUAA